GGCUUUGAAUUGGGCGAGGCCUGCGAGGCACUGGUUUUUGUGUUCGUUUCGUUGGGAAAAGAAGCGUUAAACAAACCUCGCUGUUGCGUUACAAACAGAACGAGUAUUUCUUUGUAAAAUACAAUAUACUGUGAAAAGUAUGACUAUCAUAGAGAUUUGAAAGUUCUCAUAUGUGUCUCCGUGAUUGUUUCAGUUUGUUUUGUUUGAAAAAUGAAGUGUUUGUUGUUGCUUGCCGUAGCAAGCUUAGUAAGAACUCAAUCAUUGGAUCAAAAACCGUAUAAUCCUAACUAUUCAUCGCAACCGUAUCCCUCAGAUUUGAAUCAAAAUGCGUCAUCAUAUCGGCCUAAUCAGCAAGUGCCAUACGGAAGUUUUCCCGUAAACGACCAGGUGCAAAGCCCAUUUUAUCAAUCAUCCGAUAGUUACAGACCAGACGGUUUUGGCGAAACCGACAACGAAGUCGACCCUCAAAAUACAGCAGGCUACUAUGCUGGGUUAGAUUAUGAAGAGAGAUACAGGUGUCCUCCCAAUUGGAUUCGGUUUAGGGAGUCAUGUUAUCGUUUUACUAAAUCACCGAACCGUCCACGGAACGAAGCACGUAAGAUUUGCCAAGCUUAUGAAGCUGACUUAGUUGCUGUGAAUAGCCCUGAGGAACAUGGCUUUAUUGUAACAGUUUUGAUGAAAAUAGAUCCUCAAAAAGGUGCAUGGUACAUGGCAGGCCAUCAACAAUCCCCUGGACAGUGGGUGAAUGAUGGAGAGGGAUCACAAUUAAGUGGUUUAGAUAAUGCAUUCUUUGAAGAUCGGGAGCUCAUUUAUACAAGUUACAACCUUCUGUCUAGAGAUUAUUUAGUGUACAAAUUUUCAAAGAAAGAAGGUCGCUGGGGUUUGUCUGCUGUAGAAGGCACUCAGUACUUUCAUUUUAUUUGUGAAGGACAAUCUCAAAGGCUCCACUAUCUCAUAGAAGAGGAGAGAUCUUUUACAUAUGGUUUGGAAACAUAUGAUCCAGAAAGGAUUCCAAGAGGUCCAUAUUUCAUAAAAGAACCUGUUGAUACUAUCUCUGACAUGACAAAAAAGCAUCCCGUACAAUUGACUUGCAUAGCUGGUGGCUAUCCAGCACCUGAAUACAAAUGGUUUAGAGAGGAUUAUCAAGUGGACAGUCCAGUCUAUGUUGAAAUUGAUCCCCUGGCUGAAACCAGGUUUGUUCUUAGUGGAGGCACUCUAAUGAUUUACAAUCCAGAUCCUGAUGUAGAUAAUGCAAAAUAUCACUGUACUGCUACAAAUAUGUAUGGCACUAUUCGAUCAGAAACUGUCCGUUUAUCUUUUGGUUUCAUAAGAGAAUUUAACCAAAAGAGGCCAAUUGAGAGUGGCAAAGAGUACUGGGGUAAAGUUAUGAAUUGUGAUCCACCUUCUUACUACCCAUCAGUUAACUUUUUGUGGGCACGUCAAUAUUUCCCUAAUCUUGUUGAGGAGGAUAAGCGUGUGUUUGUAUCCUAUGACGGUGGGUUAUAUUUUUCUGCUUUAGAGGCUAUUGACCGUGGCAACUACAGCUGUAAUGUCAUGAGUAAAGUUUCUGAUGCUGGUCGGAAUGGACCUUUCUUUUCUCUUUCUGUUUAUCCUCAUUCUGAUUAUCAACAACUUAAAUUUGCUAAUAAUUUCCCUAAACUCUUCCCUGAAGCUCCAGUGGUAGGCCAGGAGGUCAGGUUGGAAUGUGUUUCUUUUGGUUAUCCAGUGCCUUCUUAUAAUUGGACAAGGAAGGAUGGUGUUAUGCCACGGAAGGCAAUCUUCAGUAAUUUUGAUAGAGUAAUAACUAUCCCCAAUGUGGGUGUAGAAGAUGAAGGUGAGUACUUAUGUGAUGUUCGUAAUGACAGAGCUCGAAUUUCAAACUCUGUGUUUCUGAAAGUACAAGCUGAACCUAACUUUACUAUUCCUCUGUCUGAUAAGCAUGUUGACAAUAAUGGAGAAUUACACUGGAACUGUGAGGCUUUUGGCAUCCCUGAUGUCAAUUACACUUGGUGGAAAAAUGGUAAGAAACUUUCUAUAGAAUCUUUAGACCCUAAAGACAGAGAUCGCUAUGUGAUACAAGAGAAUGUACUCAUUAUCAAAUACUUAGAUCCCCAAAGGGACCCUGGUAUGUACCAAUGUGAAGCUAAAAAUCAACUUAGAACUAGGUACUCAACAGGACAAUUACGAGUUUUGUCUCUAAAGCCAUCCUUUAAGAAGAAGCCUCUAGAAUCAGAAACUUAUGGAUGUGAAGGAGGUAAUGUGACAAUCAAAUGUAAUCCUGAAGCAGCACCGAAACCAACAUUUACUUGGAAGAAAGAUAAUAUGGUUAUUGGUGCGGGAGGGAAGAGAUUCAUAACAGAAACUGGUAACCUCAUCAUAAGGCAGCUAUCGAGAGAUGAUGAAGGAGUGUAUACAUGUGUAGCUAAGAACAAAUAUGGCACUGAUGAAAGUCGUGGCCGCCUGAUCGUGUUGCGAGCGCCACGUUUCAUCGACCGGCUGCCUCCGCGUAUCGUCACUCAAGUAAACCAAGUUUUAUUCCUGCACUGCCAAGCUGAUGUUGAUCCUAUGUUGGACAGAGCAUACCUUUGGAAUCAUAAUGGCAUCCGAGUGAAGGAAGCCUCUGAUCUAUAUGCUGACAAAAGAAUACAAAUAGAUGGAGGAGAACUAACAAUUUAUAAUGUAAGCUUAAAUGAUGUAGGUGAUUAUGAGUGUGUGGUGAAGUCUGCCAUCGGGCGUAUAUCGUCACAUACUCAAGUUCGCGUCGAAGGAUCACCUGGCGCUCCCGGCGGCGUACAGGUGUUUGUCAUUCAACGUAACGCUAUUACCCUUGAAUGGACCGACAGCAAUCCAAACGGGCGCCCAAUCAUAAGUUAUUUGAUAACAGGUCGUACACAAUGGAACUCUACUUGGACCGUCAUCAGCGAAAAUGUUCCAAAUGUCCUCGAAAUAGAUCGAUAUAAUGGGCGAAAACGGGCGACUGUUAAUGCAAAUCUUAGACCCUGGUCUAUUUACGAGUUUCGAGUUCAAGCCGUCAAUGCAUUGGGAAUAGGGCAACCAUCAGCUCCUAGUCCACAAUUUUCAACCAUGCCUGAUAAGCCAUAUCAAGCUCCAACUAACAUUGGUGGAGGAGGAGGUAAGAUAGGAGAUUUGACGAUAAAAUGGUCACCACUACCACUUCAACUGCAGAAUGGCCCCGGUAUUCACUAUAAAAUAUUCUGGAGGCGUAAAGGCGCCGAGAACGAGUUCCAAUCGCUUCUGCUCAAGGAAUAUGGGAACAUUGGCAUGCACGUCGUACAUAUUUCGUCAACAAACUUUUUCACGCCUUACGAAGUGAAGGUUCAAGCAUUCAAUGAUAUUGGAGAGGGUCCUGAGAGUGAGGUGGUCACGAUAUAUUCCGCUGAAGACAUGCCACAGGUGGCGCCGCAGCAAGUCUAUGCCCUUUCUUAUAACUCUACCUCUUUGAAUGUGACAUGGAAUCCGAUCGACCAAUCUCGAGAGAGACUUCGAGGCAAGCUGAUUGGCCACCGAUUAAAGUAUUGGAAACAAGCCAACAAGGAAGAAGAAUGCAUUUAUUAUCUAUCGAGGACGACACGCAACUGGGCAUUGAUUGUCGGCUUACAGCCUGACACUUAUUACUUUGUUAAGGUGAUGGCCUUCAACUCAGCCGGAGAGGGUCCUGAGAGCGAGCGGUACCUGGAGAGAACGUACCGCAAGGCACCGCAGAAGCCCCCGGCCUCCGUUAAUGUUUGGGCUGUGAACCCAAGUACGGUGCGCGUCGUGUGGCGAUAUGUCCAGCCGUCAGAUGAAGAGGAACCCCUGAUUGGCUACAAGGUGAGAGUUUGGGAGAUAGAUCAAGACAUGAGCACUGCCAACGACACUCUUGUACUAGUGGACCACAAACUCGAAGCUUACGUCACAAGUCUCACUCCAGGGAAGACUUACAACCUUCGAGUUCUCGCAUAUUCUAAUGGCGGCGAUGGUCGCAUGUCUUCCCCCGCCAUCACAUUCCAAAUGGGAGAUUAUCACAGUGACGCUUAUGGCUACUACGUUAGAGGUACAGGCAACAAAAACAGUAUAACUAAAACCCUUCUCUUCUUUGCAUUUAUCGUACGCUCUUAUGACUGGAUUAUCUCGUGAUAUUUAUAGUUUAUAAGAAGUAUUUUAAAAGCUUUACAACUGUUAUAAAUUGAUUUGCUUUCUAUUUUAUUUUCUGAUUUUUUAUCGGUUGUGAUUAUAUCCGGCCAGUUAUAUUAUUAUUUUUCUACAUAUAAAAACCGGUAGCCUAUCUAAAUACGGGAACUAAAAUGUACAAAUUGUGUUCACGUAAGUGUUAAUUUAAGACCUAAUAGCUUGAUAAACUGUAGACAUUGCUUAAGUUUUAAAGGCAUGUUAAAAUAACAUCACCAUAUUCAUAUAAGGCUAAUGUUUAGGUGGAUCUGAGAAUUGUACAUUCCUAAAUAACAGUGCAAAAUAGAUAAGGUUCACGGUUUUGAAAGUGCACAAGAUUUAUUUUUCUAUGUAUUAAUUUUAUACUCUGUCUUUUUCGACAAUAAGUAAUUAUUACAAUAAGUUUAUUAUAAGCGUCAUGAAAAAUCAAGGAAUUCGUAGUUAUAAGCCAUAUCAUAGAAUCUCUUAGAUUGUAAGAAGAAGUAUUUUAAAACACAUGUGUCGUACCAAGAAUCCGAGCCAUUUUUAAUCUUUAUAUUUAUACAAAUAUGUUAGUGGGUUUAUUUAUGUGUAGUGCAUAGUUCAAAAUAUCUUUUCUUUCACUUCGUCAUAUUAAUAUAGGCAACUAAUUUUCGAAGAUGCCUUAUAAAAUGUUGUCAUGACUUUGUAAUGAUCUGUUUCAAUAAAAUUGCCCACAUUAUAAGUUCUUUAUUUAACAUGCUAGUGCUAGUAGGGUUUCUUAUGUCGCGUACGCGGAUAACGUUUAUAAGCCUCUGAUGACUUCACAAUCAAUCCAACCGACUUAAGAGCGGAACCGGACUUAAACUUGAAUAAACAGUGGAAUAAUUUGACAAUUUUACUGUUGUCAAAAAAGAUAUCCGAUUAUGUACCGAAGGUCCAAAACUCUGGAGUGGCAAAAUGGUGUUACUACAGAUCAGUGGUGAUAAUUUCGACCCCCUAGAUGUUUUGAGUUUGAACCAUUUCUACCUCAAACAGAACAAGCUCUUCGAAUUUAGAAAGAAAAAUAUUAUUUUGUCUUUUGUCGUAAUAAAAAUAAAUAAUACAAUACAUUCGC